AUGAAGGUAAAUUUCCCAAAGAAGGAAAAAGCCCCGGAGCUGGACGAAGAAAAACUGAAACAAGCACAGCUGGAAAAAGAAAAGGAGGAAGUGCUGAGCAGCGUUCCAGGGGAUAUGGAUGGGAAGAGUGAAAGCACGCCGCAGCUUUCUGAUGGCCAGAGCCCCAGCGAUGUUGGGAGCAACCAAAACGUUAACGGAGGCGGCGGUCCCCAACAACCCGACACCAAUUCUGCAGAACACAAAGCCGAGACACCGGCGCCGAAAGAAAACAACAACGCUGCGGCUUCUGUUGUGUCUGCAAAGGAUGCUGCGGCUUCUGUUGCAGAUGGUGCCACACGCAUAAUUGUUAUGGUAUUGUUGGCUAUGACGGCUGUGCGGUGA